UGAGAUGAAGCAGGAGCUUGCGGAGGAAGGCAGCAGAUGCUCCAUCCUUUCCAAGCAGCACCGUUUCAACGAGCACUGCUGCAUCCGCUGCUGCGUGCCCUUCACCUUCCUGCUCAACCCCAAGCGCCAGUGCCUGGACUGCCGGUACAACGUGUGCAAGAGCUGCUGCACCUUCAGCAAGAGGGACAAAGACUGGCUCUGCUCGGUGUGCCAGAAGGGCAGGAUUUUUAGGACACAGUCGCUCGAAUGGUUUUAUAACAACGUGAAGAUCCGCUUCAAGAGGUUUGGCAGCGCCAAGGUUCUGAAGACCCUGUACAGGAAGCACAUUAUCGAGAGAGGAGCGCUCUCUGAUCUCCCAGAAAGCAGCGUUCAGGAAGAAAGCAACGACAACGAUGGCAGCGUCUGCGGCAGCGACUCCGUCUUCUACAAGCAGAGCGAAGGACACAGUAUGGCAGAGACCCUCACAGUCGCCCUGCGGGUCGCUGAGGAGGCUAUAGAAGAGGCCAUCGCAAAGGCCGAGGCGUUUCGAGACAGUUUGGAGAAGCAGAAUGAAGCUCGUUAUCUGCAGGACCACAGAGAGGAGCUCAUAGAGGAACUCGCCACAACAAUCGUACAAAAAAUCAUCCGGAGGAGGAAGCUCUCGGAGAUGCAGACAGAGUAUGACUUUGUCUGGCCUCAGCAUCAGCCUCUGACUCAACCCGGUGACCUUCCCUCCCCGUCUCAGCCUCACACCUCGUCACAAGACCCUCUGAAGACCUCCUACCCCCUCUGGCGAUCACGAUCGGCGUUCUCCCUCACCAGUGACGACUCGCCGGAGAAGGGUCCAGAGGAGGAGGAAGCCGCUGGAGCCGGAGGAGGAGACCUGCAGGUGUACGCCUCCCUGAAAAGAGACGCCAAGGCUGCAUCUUUACCUGGCUGGAAAAGCAUGGAUCGUCUGGACAACUCCAGUGCGUCCUCGGUGCUGCAGAGCCCCGAUGGGAACUGGAUUGCUCUGCACAGUUCCCUGCUCUCCCGGCCCAGUCUGCUCACCAAGAGGAAGAGCCUGGUGUUCAGCGUGCUGGAAAAGGAGUCCAGCGUGGUCUCCGCUUACGACGAGAUGGGCUCGCACUCGGAGGGGGAAGACGAAGGCGGCUGGGGCGCGGCUCUGCAGCAGUUCCGCCGCAGGCUGUCGGACGAGACUUAUUACACGGACUCGCAGCACGACCCGGAGUGGACGUACACUCGGCACCUUCCGGUCACCUCGCCGUCCUCUGGACCGUACACCAACGCAGAGACGCUCCACUCAGACUCGAAGGUCUCGUCGUUGUCGUCUGCGUAUCCUCACAAACCCACUCACAACCUGCCAAAGAAGAAAGGACCAGCGGAUCCUCAUCCUCAUCAGCAGCCACUCUACCAAAACUCCGCCCACUCAGAGGCGCUGGACGUGAACUUCAACCCCAAGGUGACGGCAGACAGCAGCGAGGCCGAGGACAAGCAGAGCGUCAGGAAAUCUCGAAGACGCAGGAAAAGCAAAAAGGAGUGUCCGCUGGAGCCGAGCAGACCUGGAGGCACGAGGAGCCCACAGACCACCUGCCCCUCAGCUCAGGAAAACGGUGGUUUUCUCCUCAACGCGCUGCUGAACGCGGGUUUGAGCGACGAGCAGCCGGUCCCAGCCAGCAAACAUGUGGCCACAGCUGCUUCCACGGACGCCAUGACGCCCGAGACGGACGACUGGGCUCCGCGUUCACCAGACCUCCACCAGCCUCAGGCCCAGUUUGUGGCUCCGGGGCCUCGGUUACUCCACAGGAGCUCGAGGCUUGGAUCUGGAUCCAGAGGCCCUCCAGAAGAAGAACUACAAACCAGGCUCGGUCAGCUCGUGGGCGGAGCAAACGGCGAAGACGUCAGCUCAUCCGACGAAGAGAGCGCACAGAGGACGGAGGACAGAGAGAGACACAAAGAGAAACUGAGGUCAAAGGUCACAGAGGGACUGAGGCAGAGUGCAAGGGACAAGCGGGAGAAAGGAAGAGAAGCUUUGGAACGAGUGAACGGACAGGAGGCCAAGAGAGGCGCGAGAGGCGUGAGGAGCACCUCUGUGGAGAAAGGAGGAGAGAGUUUGGAGGAGAGAGGAGCUGAGCAGGAGCAGAAACGAGGAGACGGGAGGGAGGUGACCCGAGUAAGUAAGAGGCGUCACAGAAAAGACCCGGAGAAGGAGGCUGAGGUCAGGAGGAGCGCAUCCAGCGCCGGUUCACCUGCGGUUACACCCUCGGCCCAGGAGGGAGGGUCCAACCACCAGGUGGGACAGAACGAGUCGGAACCGCAGCAGAGGCUUCAGCUGCUCUCCUCCGUCCUGCAGCAGCAGAAGUAUUCAGCAGCCUCGCUCUGCAGCAUCACCACAGAGGUGCUGAAGGUUCUGAACGCUACAGAGGAGCUGAUUGGGGAGGCGGGGGGCGAGAGCUACACCCCGUCCGAGUCCAUGAGCGCCUCUCCGAUCUCCAGCAGCUCGGAGACCCGCAAGCUGGACCAGAGGCUCACCAAGAUGGAGGAGAACGUCUACCUGGCGGCUGGGGUGGUGUACGGCCUGGAGGGGGCGCUGGGGGAGCUGGAGCAGUGCGCCCGCAGCAUCAGCAGCAGGACCUCAGACACCCAGCUGGCCUUUCUGGAGGACCAGGUGGCCACAGCAGCAGCUCAGGUCCAGCAGUCUGAACUGCAGAUAUCAAACAUCGAGGCGAGGAUAUCAGCUCUGAAAACAGCUGGAUUAAACGUGACGGUCUGCAAUCGCUUCAAGUUAAAACCCAAGUCCAAGCCUGAAACUCUGGACUCGUCGCGUCAUCAGAGGAGGAAACUUCCUGCGCCGCCGCUCAAAGAAACGUUGGCGUCCGAGCAGCAGGUGGGAGCACUUUGGCCAUGAUGACAGGCGGACGGCAGCACAACACGUCCCCUCAGGGCCACGUUUGAGCCCCCGGGACAGGGGCCCUUCACAUCUAGUGCCUUGAUCCAGCAUCUGCCUCCAGCUGCAGGCCAAACGGGCCAAACACCCGCCCUGCUGCACCCCUCAC